GCUGGGCCCUUUAACUGUCUCUCUGAUACACUGACUGACAAACUUAAAGGCAAACAGCUACCUCCAUUCAUAUACCAGUCAAAAUGCCUGCAGACUACAAUGGACGCUGGGAGAUGGUGAGCAACGAGAACUUCGAGGACGUCAUGAAGGCCCUCGACAUUGACUUUGCCACCAGAAAGAUAGCUUCCCAUCUGCAUCAGACAAAGGUGAUCGUCCAGAACGGAGACAAAUUUGAAACAAACACACUGAGCACCUUCAGAAACUACGAGGUCAACUUCACCGUGGGAGAGGAGUUUGAGGAGCACACAAAGGGCCUGGACAACCGAAAAGUCAAGACACUGGUCACCUGGGAUGGGGACAAGCUGGUGUGUGUUCAGAAGGGGGAGAAGGAAAAUCGUGGGUGGAAACACUGGAUCGAGGGAGACCUGCUGCAUCUGGAAAUCACUGUGCUCGACAAAAUCUGCCACCAAGUAUUUAAGAAGACACAAUAACGUGGAACCAAACCUCAUCUGCUCAAAACUAUCCACUCUGUGUUGCACAUUGCUGUCUAUUUAUGAUGUAGUGUACAUCUCUAAUAAAGUGAUUUCUUACCACAC